AUUUACUUACCCUGAACGUACUUUUACGAUGUCUAUAUUGCUUACACAUAAACACAAAAAGAGAUAUGUAGUUCAGGUGAUCUUCUGUAUAUUAACGUUAUAUGGGUGCUUAAGACACAUAUUUAAUAGCUAUCAGAGCGGUUAUUUAUCUGCUAAUAGUGUGAAAGAUGCAAAGAGAUAUAACUCUAAGACAGUUAAGGGUAAACCGUUUGACAGUCAGACAUUCAAGUUGAAGGUAGAUUUCUUAUCUGAAGAUGCAGGGGCUAUCAUUGUGGCACAAUCCAAAGAUAUUUCACAUUUGAAAAGCAUUCAAAAUGACGAUCCAAAUUCAUAUUUACUUGCUCCAUGUCAGAAGACGGAUUGGUUCAUAAUUUCUUUCCCCGAGCGUAUUUCAGUAAAGUAUGUAGCGUUCAUCUCAAAUGAAUACUAUGCUUCUACAUAUAAAACUAUACGUAUAUCUAGGUCCUCGGUUUACCCAAGCGAAAAAUGGCACAUACUUGCAGAACUAGAGACGGAAAUGGGUCAGAGUGAGAUAUUUGAUUUAUCCCUUUUGUGUGAUAAAGGAGGGACUAAGGGCUGCUGGACUAAGUACAUAAAAGUUGAAUUUUUAGAUUACCACAGAUUUGAGGAUAAUUACUAUUGUUCACUUACUAGCAUGAAAGUAUACGGAAGCACGGCAGUGGACUUGCUCGAAAGUGAGAUCACUGACGAUAUCAAUCCUUACAAAGGUACGAAUGUACCAUAUGGCCAAAACACGGAUAAAGUCACGGAAAUAGCCACAAUCCACAUAAAAGAACCAUCCAAUGAUAACAAAUUACAACCAGGGUGGCCGGAUAAUUACAGUGGACGUGUCGUAUUUGGAAAAAGCAAAAGAAUCUCAAAAUUGGUGUGCCCUGCUACAAUUACUAACAAAUAUGAUACAAUUCAUGUAUUGCUUUUUAAAUUUAUGGCAUCGUUGGCGAAACGUAAAGAUCUGCAUGGAAUCAACCAUAGGUUAUAUCCACGUAUGAAAAGAUUUAUUUAUGAGAAAGAUUGCGGAGUUCGCAGUCUUUUAUCAUUCUGGAGCAAUAAUGCACUGCAUCAUGUUACCAAUUGUAAGAGCAAGACUCGUUGCUGGAAGAUGCUGUUUCAUGUACAGCUUCCUUUGGACCACACUUGGUUUGAGAAGGUCAUUUAUAGGAUGAUAAAACAGGGAUGGAUCAAAUUCAAAGUGCCUUGGACCUUUCGAGGAAUUCUGAGCACACCAAUUCUUCUCUGUGUACGUAGAUAUGGAUUCUUGGGACGAUUUACUUGUUAUUACUACUUUUCAUAUACGUCAUUCACGUUGACAUCGAAUCAAAAGAUUGUUGGAUACAUUCCUACUCGUGUACCUGAUUUAUCCUUCAAGUGCAUCUACAUACUUUUCAGCGAUAGGAAGUUGAAGAAGGUUGCCCCUGUCUCAAAGAAAGACAUAUCGGAGGUUUUUAAUGGGCAUACUUUCGUCAAAGGUACUAGAAUGCUGAUUGCGGACGAUAGCAUAUCGUCCAUCAUACUUUCGCGCGACUUAUGUGCCCUAACGAUCAAUGCACAUAUGUUCCAGAAUGCUGACCAUAUGAAGUAUUUGAUGGAUUUAGUUCUCAAAUCAUACGUCGCCUACAAAGAUAAUGUUGUAUCCCGUGUUACAAAAGACUUGGGUUUAGUUAGACAGAUUGCGAAUUCAUUAGAUAGAAGCAACACAAACUUUACGAGAUUGCAUAUAGAUAACAUGGAUGGCAACCAUGUUGGAGCAAAAGGAGAUGGAAGUGGAGGAAUAUGGGAAAAUAUACCUGAUUCCAAUUUCAUAUCUGACCAACGUAUAAAGGCUAUGAAGGAAACGAAAGGCCACGAACAUGUGUUAUUGCAGAUAUCCGAGCGAGUUAAAGCAUUGGAAAAUAUAGUGGCUGAGUUUAGGAAGAAGCAGGACAACAGCGAUGUUACUCUCGGGUCAUGUCUUGAGCAUCUGCAGUAUGUAGCCAACAAAGUUCAAAGACGUACGUACCAAACAUUGAACGUGACCACGUACGGAAGGGAUAUCGAUUCAGAGUUUUCCAAAAUACUCAAUAUUUUGGGCAUUAAACGAUACCAUAUAAUAUAUGUGGACGAUCUUCCAAGGAAACCUGUUUUCAAUAAGAUGCUGCAGGAAAGAAAAAUUGCCGGUUCAUUUAUCUUACAGACUGUGAUUGUAGAAAAAGGAUCAUCGGCAUUUAAUAAAUUGAAGGGGCAAUGUUGCCACAUUACUGGAGUGGUGCCUAAACAAAAUAAGGGACGUUGCCACGUGAUCAUCGCACUCAUAAAAUUGAGCAAAUAUAUGCCCAUUUUAAGACGACUACAGGUUCUGGAUUGUUGUAGACGAUUUGGAUGUGUCUGCAUAAGAUAUAAUCCACCGGAUUCGUCAUACUUGGUUUGGCUACCUCAUUUUUCCGGCGCUGAUGGCACUAAAAUCGGAUGCAGUCUAAUGGGACCGUUAUAUUCAUUCAUUGUUUCAUGCUCAAAUCAUAUAUUCGCACCUGUCAUCGCAUUUUUUGAACACAUAUCUUUGGCCAUUUUCAACAUAUAUACCCUAUUUUUGUGUUUCUUCUUCUUUCAAGCUAUUUGGUUUUAUCGAGAAAGAAAUACCAGGGUAAUGAUUUACGAAAUGUCAAAGCAUAUCAAAAAGCUUAACCAUCACACCGCUUAACAGAC